CCUAUGAAAUCUAAAUACCUUAAGUACUGAAAUGACAUACCUCUGCUUUAUUCCAUUGCAUUCAUCAUGGAUCCUAGAGCUAAAAUAAAAGGUUUUAGCAAUGCUCUCAGGCUGCUCUCUAGUUUAACUGGUACUGACUAUUCUGCUUAUUUUUACCUCUGUGAGAGCUGCUCUGUAUGACAUGUUUGACAAGUAUGAAAGCAAGUUUGGUUCAAUUAGAUUGGCAAGGCCUACACAUAAACCUUCUACUGGUAAGAAAAAAGCUCAAUGGGGUAAGAUCUUUGGUGAUGGUUCUACUUCUACUACUUCUCCUGGGUCUGGUCUUGGCAGUGUUGGUACUGGUGGCUCUUUUACUGUUCCUCUUGGUAGAAGAACAUCUGCAAGUGCUUUGCUGCAAGCAGCAAGCACUGGUGGUACAUAUGAAUCUACCUUUAGUCUAACUGGCAGGAUCAUAGAGGAGAGGAGGCGUCAGUUGAAGCCAGAGAUGGUAGAAAUGCUCACAUGCAUCAAAGACUGGGAGGCUGCAGAUGAAAGAGCUCAGCACAUGGUGGAGGAUGGAGACCUGGAGGCAGCUUAUGAAGAUCAGUACCUUGAUGAAACUCCAGCACAAGCUGCUGUGUAAUAGGAUAGUUUAUUUGCACUGUAUGACUAUGAGGUUAACUUAACACUGGAACUUGAACUUAAUGAGCUGGGCUGUACUCUUUUUUCCUAUCUAGGGUUUUCUCACGAGGUGUGAGUUUUUACCUAGAUAGGUUUUUAAUGAUGCCGCCAUUGCACAAAACAGCUCAUCCUUGAUAUUUUGUUGAUUUCUGUCAUUUUUUGUUACUCAAGAUGAAUCGAUCUGUUGAAUGAGCCAUGUUGCGAUUUUAGUGCC